GUUUUUGUCCUUAUCAUUUCUUGGUCUUCGAUUCUCCCCUGAAUCAUGAUGCAAUUUGUUCAUCGAAAUCUUCGGUUGUUCCUCUCAUUUUUUCCUAACGCUGCUUAACUAUUUAGCGUAAAAAUAUGAGAAUUCGAAAUCAGGAUACAGCCAAAUCGGUGACCACGAGAAAGAAUCCGCCGGCGAGGAAAUCUGCUGCGAAAACUCCAUCCAAAUCUACAGAUGCUGCGGCGGAAUCGACGGUUAUGAAAACGAUGGGAACAAAGCAGGGCUCUGCAACCAAAGCAAAGCAAAUAAAGAACAAUGAAAUGUCACCGGUGAAUAUCGAUGGCUCUGAUUCUAAUGUUGAACGACCAGCAGCUGAAGAAGUUAAUCCAUUAGUUGAAGCUACUAAAUUAACACCAGAGACCAAAGUUGCAUCAGGAACUAAAUUAGUUGCAAAGAGAACACCUGGGAGACCUAAACGUGCUGCUUCUGCGAAAGCAAAAGCUGUCUCCACUGCGAAUUCGGGUGAAAUAGCCAAGGUAAAGGUUGUAGAAUCACCAAAGAAGGCGGAACUUGCUGUUGAAAAGAUAGGAGAAUCAACAGAAAGAGAAAAAGUUGAAGAAACUGAAAUGAAAGAAAUUUUAGAGGGGGAAGAAACUGUUGGAAAAGAUUAUGGAAAGUCCAGAGUGGAGGAGAAAACUACGAUGGAGGAGGAGGUACCUUGUGAUGAAAACAUUGAAGAGUAUGUACUGAAAGAGGAGUCACAACUAGUUAGUGCUAAGGAUCCCAAGAUCGUUGACCUUAAUGAGAAAAGAAGCAGCAAAGAUGAGUUGCAUGGAGAAGAUGUGCAAAUGGAGCAGGAUAGGUAUGGUGGUAUUGAUGAAUUGGAGGAAUAUGGUGACAGAGUGGAUUUUGGAGACCAUGAUGAUGAAGACCUUGCGGAUGAUGAUGUAGAGGAACCUACUGAAGAAAAUGAGCCGUUGGAAGAAGAGCGCAAAGAACUAACCGCCAUUGCAAAAGAACGUAAAAUUAAGAAAGAGCAUGAGAUUUUUGUUGGUGGAUUGGAUCGAGAUGCUGUUGAGGAGGAUUUGAGACAGGUUUUUGAGAAAAUUGGUGAAGUGGUUGAAGUUCGGUUGCAUAAGAAUCCAACAACUAACAAGAAUAAGGGAUAUGCUUUUGUGAAAUUUGCAAAUAAAGAACAUGCAAAGCGUGCUUUGUUAGAAAUGAAGAACCCUGUGAUUUGUGGGAAGCGAUGUGGGACGGCACCUAGUGAAGACAAUGACACAUUAUUUUUGGGAAAUAUUUGCAAUACAUGGACGAAGGAAGCUAUCAAACAAAAGCUUAAAGAAUAUGGUAUUGAAGGUGUUGAGAAUAUUACUCUUGUCCCAGAUGUUCAACAUGAAGGGUUGAGCCGUGGUUUUGCAUUUUUAGAGUUCUCUUGCCAUACUGAUGCCAUGCUUGCAUACAAGAGACUACAGAAGUCUGAUGUUGUAUUUGGACACCCCGAGAGAACCGCUAAAGUAGCUUUUGCUGAACCUUUACGCGAGCCUGAUCCAGAGAUAAUGGCCACAGUGAAAACUGUAUUUCUCGAUUCACUUCCUCCUCAUUGGGAUGAAGAUCGUGUAAGGGAAAAACUCAAAGGUUAUGGGGAGAUAGUGCGAAUUGUAUUGGCCCGGAACAUGUCAACUGCUAAGAGAAAGGAUUUUGGAUUUGUUGAUUUCUCUACCCAUAAAGCCGCUACAGCUUGUGUAGAUGGUGUGAAUAACACCCAGCUGGACAAUGGGAACUCAAAGACAAAAAUCAGAGCAAGGCUAUCAAAUCCUAUGCCUAAAACACAAGCUAUAAAGGGUGGAAUGUGUGGUGGAUUUCGGAUUGGAAGUUGUGGCAAUGGCACAUUUUCGAGAUUUGGGAGGGGUUUUGGGCGUGUUGGACAUCGCUUUAACUUGAAAAGUUUCCAACAUGGCCGGUAUUUCUAUCAAAAUGAACGAGGUCGAACUAGUAGAAAUGAGCAUGACUUUGACAAUCAGUAUUUUGAGUACCAUGGGCGGCAAAUUAUGGCAGGACGAAGGGGUUAUUCUGGGGAUGGUUAUCACGCAUCCAGUAGAGAUGCCUCAACUGUUGGCCCCUCAAGAUAUAAUUUCAGUAGGUCUUGGUAUGAUGCCCCUGAAAGGGCAUGGAGGGAGCAUGCUCCUGUUAGGAGGCAACCAUUUUCCCCUGAACGAGCCUUUGACAGACCUUAUGGUGGAAGACAGUAUGAUGAUCCUUAUUAUUAUGAUGAAAGUGCACAUAGCAUGAAGAGGCCAUUUUAUAUGACAGACCAUGAUCCUGAAUACAUGGAGCCUCCUAGAUUCCGUCCUCGAAUGGAUUAUCCUUAUCCAGAAGUUCCAUUUCGUGAAACCCGCCAUCGUGAUACUCAUGCAGCUGGUAGUGGUCUCUACUCCCAUGAUUAUUAUGGUUCUGAUUAUGGGGCAUAUCCAGCAUACUAUAGGGCUGAUCAUUCCUAUGGAAGCAGCUACUAGUAAUGGACUCAAAAACUGGUGAUGCAGCUCACUGGUGAUGGACAGAGGCUUACUUUUGAAAAAAGUUAUCGAAGCUGCCUUUUAAUUUUGUUUCUAUUCUUCGGUCUUUUUAUCUGCAUUUCUUUAUGCUCCCACCUCCUUUUUUUUAAUUAGAUCUCGUAUUCUCUUUCUAUUAAUUCUUAAUAGACAUUAAGCUAGUGUUGGUGGUCUCUUAGGAACUUGAUCAGGAAGCUAGUGCAAUUCAUGUACAACGAAGAUUAAGGGUUUUUGAUACAGUUUAUCAUGCUGUAGUAUAUGGAAAUAGAUUUCCUGGUAUGUUUAUUGUUGAGAUAAUGGACCAAACAUAUCAACCGAUGAGCAUUAUUCUUAAAUCUCCAUAUAUGUGAAGACUCUGAUUGGAAAGUAUUUCUUAAAGUGAAAUUCAUGUUAAGAUUAUGAUUCUAUUAAUGGAGAUUCAGAAGUUAAAACGUUAGAUGCGCAAAUUGAGAAAUCUAUGGUGUUCCAUGAAGAUUUCCUGGAGCCAGGACAGAUGCUACCUUGUAUACAUUACUAUAGGAAUCAUAUGAAUAUAAACUCUUUUUUGGAGUUUGUUAUGGAUGGGAUUGGCACAUGUUUACUUGUGGUGAUAGUUUGAUGUUGAUAUCAUCCCUUAUCCAUUUAAAAUAAGUCAAGGUUAUGUUUUGCCUAUCAUACGCAUAAUGUCCUGCUGUUCUCAGAUACUUAAACUUAUGAAUCACAUUGUAUGUGCAUCUUGUUUAAAGGUUUAUAUGGAAGAACUUGUACUGAUUUUGAUUCUUACUUUAAAGGAGAACAAAUGGUGAAGAGGUUGAUCUUCCAUUAUAAUUUUAGAGAGAAUUUUGGUGUUUUAUUAGUCAAAUGGAAAAUAUUUUAGUUUUUGUUGGGCUGAAACUGAAAUUGAUUAUGUUUGCUAGCGAGACAAUUUUGCAUCUCAGGUUGAUGGCUUUAAAAAGAUCUGCUGCUUUCUUAUAUUUUAUAAAGGUGAUGUGGAAUAUUGGUCUGCUUGCAAGUAAUUGCAGUUUUCGUUGGUAGAUCUCCAAGCCUUUUGAACUUUGAUGGUUGUAUUGCUAAUGCAAUCUUUCAAGUUUCAAGCAUUUCUACGUGAUGAUUAGAAAAAGGAUUAGGUCAGAUAUGUAAUUUAGGAUAUCUGCUAGCUUAAACCAAAAAUAGAGAAAAUAACUUACAGUUCUGUUUCUUUCCAAGGGAUAUUAGCUGUUAUUCUGUAUGUCCAAACCUGUGGUGGGUGGCUGUUUCUUUUGAGGAGAGAAGCCUGUGGAAUCAUCUCCUAUGUUAAACAAUAAAUAUGAAUUGAUUAUAUUGCAUCAUUUAUCAUGUUAUAUCUGUUCAUUCGAAAAAUAGCUACUGGUUCAUUCCCUUAUGAUUUGGAAUUGCAUUGGUAAUUUCUCAAACCAAUAGUGGGAAUUUGCUAUUGCCUGCUCGUAUUCAUUUACUUAAUGGUUUUCAAUUCUCAUAGGGUCCAUUGCCUGCAUCCUAAGUGACAAUAUGGAUAUAUAGAGCAGCUGGUUUAAUGUAAAUAUGAGAUGUUUCAGGUGGCAUAAAAGUUGUUUUUGAGGCCAAAUAGUAGGUGGAAAGGAAACAAGAUGGUGAAAAUGUCAAUAUAAACAUCUUUGCUGUUCAUUAUGUUAAGGCAAAUUUUAGAUAGACACGGGUGUUUUGAGUUUUUCCUUUUUCAGUUACAUGGUACAUUUGCCUUGUAAUAGUCAGUGGGCAUUGAUGUUUAAUAAAAACUUGGUUUUGCUUGUUAAAUACGUAGUGAGGAAGAUGUUUAAAGUUACAUGAUACUGUUAAUGGAAGUUUUUCC